AUGGUACUGGGGGGCCCCCCUGGGGAGCUGGAGGAGAGCAGCAGGCUGCGCCGACCCCGCCUUCGUGCUGCGCUGCUGCUGCUGGCGCUGUUUGCUGCAGGGGGGGCCCUGCUGCGGGCGAGGGGCGGGGGACCCUGGCUGCAGGCGCGGAAGGGCCCCCGGGGCUGCGGAGGCGGCGGGCUGGGCCGGCGCAGCAGAGGGGCCCCGCCGGGGCUGCGCUGCAGCACGAAAGCAACUCUGGGGAGAGAGACAGGGCCCUUCUUCGAGCUAUUCGUGCUGCUAAAGAUAAAAGAAAGCUGCAGAGCUGCGGGGGAGGGGCGGGGGGCCAAAAGAGCAGCAAAAAGAGCCGCAAAGUCCACGUGGGCUCCACGGCGCUGGGCGGCAGACAGUGCCUUCGCAAGCCCGCAGGCAGGGGACCCUGA